UGUGCAUUUGAUUUUGAAUAAAUCAUUGCCAACAAUCAUGGAGUCUACUUAUCCUUUUGCAGGGGCCCAGGUGAAUAACAGGUUCCCUUCAAGCAGGAUGGUACCUUUCCACUUUCCUCCAUCAAAACGUGCUCUCUGGAAUCCAAUCCCAAUAGGAGAUUUCAUCUACAUACAUCUUAAUAACUGCAGAAAACCAAAACUCAUAGUAACUGAAAAGGUCAUCCGACUUGCUUGUCGUCAUGCAAAGCAGAAUAAAAACAACUUGCCAUGCUUUUUACUUGGGUCUUUCACAGUAAAUGAAGAUGAAGAAGGUGUGACAUUGACAGUAGAUCGCUUUGACCCUGGUCGAGAAGUACCUGAAUGCUUAGAAAGAAAGCCUACUGCUUCUCUUCCUGGGGAUUUUGUGAUUCCAUGUAAAGUUCAAAUUCAAGGACCGAGUUCAAAAGAAACAAUAGUUCAUAAUGCAGAUGACUUCAUUUCAACUUUUAAGGCUCUGCAGCACCAUGUGUGUAGCAAAGAUUCCUUGGAGUGUGGUAAGCUGCUUUCCCUAAGAGCCCAUAUCACUUCGGCAGAGAGUUUGGACUGUGUGGAUUAUGACUUGAAUUGUGCAGCAGUGACUAUCGCAAAUGGCUUCAGAUGCACACCUGUCAAGCCCAUCCCCAUUAUUCCAACAGCUCUGGCAAGGAACUUGGGCAGCGAGCUGAAUAUUUCUCAAGUUCAAGGUACCUAUAAGCAUGGAUAUCUUACCAUGAAUGAAACUCGCAAGUUGCUACUUUUGCUGGAAUCUGAUCCCAAAGUUUCUUCUCUACCAUUAGUGGGAAUUUGGCUGUCGGGGAUCAUACAUAUCUAUAGUCCUCAAGUAUGGGCUUGCUGCUUGCGCUACAUGUUCCGUUCUUCUAUUCAGGACAGAGUUUUUUCAGAAUCUGGAAAUUUCAUUAUAGUUCUGUAUUCUAUGACACAUAAGGAUCCUGAGUUUUAUGAAUGCCUGCACUGUGAUGACAGAUUUCCUGAACUUCAGUUCCAGCUUCUAAACGGCAAGGAAACAUUACAUUUUUUCAAAAACGUUGAACCUUCUGACAAAAAUCUAAUCAAGUUUGAACUGAGUGCCGAGAGCCAAAAUGCCGAAAGAGAGUUUUUCAACAAAGUUUUCAAGAAUUUUCCAAUCAAGAGGUCUUCCCAAAAGUUGUCUCCAGGGAAAAUGCCAAUAAGUGAUCAUGACUCUGGUGUUGAAGAUGAAGAUUUUUCUCCAAGACCAAUUCCUCGUCCUCAUCCAGUGAAUCAGAAGGUUUCUAAAAUCCAGCCUUUAGUUCCUGAACUUUCACUUGUGCUGGAUGGCGAUUUCGUAGAACAGUGCCCUCCGCCUAAGCCAUUGAAGGUGUUGCCCACUGAAAAUCCUCCGUCAUUGGUUCACCACACUGAAAACUUCGAGCCAUCACAACCCUGUCUAUACAACGAGAAACAGAGCCCUCAAGCCGAAGCUGGAGCACCUUCCUUGAGAGGGCUACUGAGUCCAUUGAGCCAAAGCACUGCUGUCUCCACAUACAGCAGAGUGCAAGAGCUGUCUGCCUGUAAGAAAGGGAAGCCCCGAUGCCCGAGUGGCGUGCGGCCGUCUGCUGACACAGCUGCAAAGCUUCAGACAGGUUCUGCUGGAAGUACACACAAAGAAGAGUUUCCUGCCAGACCUUCCACUGUAAGUUCCAGCCCAUCUUCUCUCGCCCCACAAUCCCUCCCACACAGUUUGGUUUUUUCAACUCAUAACUCUGGAAGACCGGCGGAACUGCAGGUACCUACUCCCCCACCGCUGUCUUACUAUCCCACAAACGUUUGCAGUUGUUGUCAGCGUCAUGGCCACAUUCAAUAUUCCCCAAUAAAUUCUUGGCAAGGAAUGAACACCGUGGCAUCUGUUCAAGACCUUCGUCCUGAAGUUCUUCAGAAGCACUCAUUAUUUCAUUCAAGUGGAUGUCCAGCUCUGUACUGUAAUGCUUGCUGUUCUAGCAGUCCUAUGGCCUUGAGACCUCAGGGACUCGUGGGUGCUUCUCCCCACAGCAGUGUAGAACCAUCUCCCAUGGCAAGAUUGCCUUCGCAUGUGGAUUCAUGUAACCCUCGACCUUGUGCAGUGUGCAUGCAGACACCCAAGACUGGGUCCGACGAUGGCAUGAUGGGACUGUCUCCUGAUGCUUACAGGUUCCUGACAGAACAAGACAGACAGCUGAGGCUACUUCAGGCACAGAUUCAGCGUUUACUGGAAGCACAGUCUCUGCAGCCCUGUUCCCCUAAGACAACCACUGUUGAAGACACAAUGCAGUCUGCUGGGCAGAUGGAGUUGGUUUCCAUGGAAGCGCAGUCUCCUGGUUUGCACAUGAGAAAAAGUGUAAGCAUUGCUGUGAGCACAGGGGCCAGCUUGUUCUGGAAUGCUGCAGGGGAUAAUCAAGAGCCUGAAUCUCAGUUAAAGCAAGAUGAUACCAAGAUUUCUAGUGAGGACAUGAAUUUUUCUGUUGAUAUUAAUAAUGAAGCCACAAUUCCUCCUGGUAGUGCUUCUUCUUUAAAGGCAGUUGAUAUUCCCACUUUUGAAGAGAGUAACAUUGCUGUGGAAGAAGAAUUUAAUCAGCCAGUUUCUGUAUCCAAUAGCUCUUCUCCAGUUGCGAGGAAAGAACCCAGUGUACCAGUGUUCUUUCCACAUACCCUGCCUGAGAGUGUGAGCAUGUGCUUGGAGGAUGGAACGAUAGAGGGCGCCAAUAACAAUCCUGUAACAACCAGGGAACCAAACACUGAUCAAGUUAAGCAGACUUUGCCUCAUCAAACUUUAGACAGCCCGAAAAUAUACCAGGAUUUAUUGGGGCAAGUGAACCACUUAUUAAACUCCUCCAAAGAAAAUGAGCAGCCAUCUUCUAAAGCUGUUAUUAUCAGCCAUGAAUGCACCAGAACCCAAAAUGUUUGUCAUACAAAGAAGAAAAAAAAUGAUUCAGGACUGGUGGACAAAGAUUGUGUUCUUAAUGCAACUCUUAAGCAAUUGAGAAGCCUCGGAGUAAAAAUUGAUUCUCCCACUAAAGUGAAGAAAAAUGCGCAUAAAGUAGAUCAUGCCAGCGUGUUGGCACGUAUCAGCCCUGAGGCAGUGAUCUCUGGAUUAAACUACAUGUCAUUUGCUAAUGUUGGCAUGAGUGGCUUAAACCCCAGUGGUGUGGAUUUGAGCAUGGAGGCAAAUGCUAUAGCUCUGAAAUACUUAAACGAAAGUCAGCUGUCACAGCUGUCUCUGGCUCGAUCAAACCAAAACAACUGUGACUCAUCUUUCGGCCUUGUGCAUAUCAAUACAGACAGAAGCACAGUGGGGCUUAGUUUAAUUUCACCAAGCAACAUGUCAUUUGCAACUAAGAAAUAUAUGAAGAGAUAUGGACUCCUACAAAGCAGUGAUAAUAGUGAAGAUGAAGAGGAGAUACUGAACAAUACAGGGGACAGAAGUGACCAUCUGUUGAAUCAGAACUUUACAUCCGUACCUGAACACCUUGGAGAUCAGAGAGAAUCUCCUGGGAAGCCCUGUGAAGUGAACUGCCACAACUCUGAACCUGUGUGGACCCACACAGACGCGCCUGUUUUGAGAAAUAUUACAAACGAUGUCAUUCAGCCCAAAGCUGCACAGCAAUGGAAUGAAAACCCAGAUUUCUUACUGAAGAACCUACACCCUAGCCCUGCUGUGAACCUCCGAACUGGGAAAGCAGAGUUUACCCAGCAUCCUGAAAAAGAAAAUGAAAGGGACGUUCCCAUUUUUCCUGAAAAUUUGAAGCCUUCCGACACUUUGAAGAACAUGAACAGUAUGAAUUCAGUAGGCACGUUCUUAGAUGUAAAGCGUCUCAGACAGUUGCCCAAAUUAUUUUAAGCACUUAACCCAGCCCUUCAGAUCAGAGGACAGGGUGUCUCAUGAACGUACUCAGGGAAGCCAGAGGCUUUGGGUAGUUUGGAUUUCCCAGUCAUUCAAGGAACUGUCUCUUGG